UUCAAGAUGCCAUGUUCUCCGGGGUCUCCUCCCUUACUCCCUCCUCCUUCUCCAUUUCCCUGGCAAGGUUCCUCCCCUUCCCCCAUUCAGUGUGUGUUGGGAUGGGGGCGGGAUCCUGUCUGCACUCACUUCCUUGGUGAUCUCACCCAGUCUUUCAGCUUUAAAUACCAUCCAUAAGCCAUCAACCCCCAAAUUUACAUUUCCAGACCAGCCUUAUCCCUUGAACUACUAAAUGCAGUGAGGUCAUUCAGCAUCUCCACAGGGAGAUUAUCAGGCAUUUCCAACUCCCUGUGCCCAAACCUCGGCACUUUCCCCGCAAACCCACUUCCCCUCCUUUCCUCUCUGCCAAUGGACGCUUCAUCUUCUCAGCGUUUCGGGCCAGAAGGCUUGGCUGUCCUGGAUCCCUCUCAAACACUCACAUCCACUUCAUCAGUAAACGUCGUUGGCCCUACCUUCAAAAUAUUUCGAGAUCUCCCUAGCCAGCACACCCUGGGCCACCUGUCAUUCCCACUUGGAGCAGCACAGCAGCCUCCCUGGUCUCUCUGACCCUCCCUCUGAGUUAGUUCACCAAAGGCAACAACAGAGACACCCCCUCAACACGCACAGGAAGUAGAUGGUCUUGACACCAGCAGGGUGACAUCCGCUAUUGCUACUUCUCUGCUACCUAACGGUUCCUCGGGACUUCUCUGGACCACAGUCCUCUGCCAGACCCCUGCCAGACACCAGCCCAUCAUGGUCCUUCUGGGUCACAUCCUCUUCCUGCUUUUGCUCCCAGUGGCUGCAGCUCAAACGACCCCAGGUGAGAGAUCCCUCCCUGCCUUUUAUCCCAGCACUUCAGGCUCCUGUUCCGGAUGUGGGCCCCUCUCUCUGCCGCUCCUGGCAGGGCUCGUGGCGGCUGACGCGGUGGUAUCACUGCUCAUCGUUGGGGCGGUGUUCCUGUGCGCCCGCCCACGCCGCAGCCCCGCCCAAGAUGGCAAAGUCUACAUCAACAUGCCGGGCAGGGGCUGACCCUCCUGCAACUCAGACCUCUGCCUUCUGACCCUCUCAUCCUGGAUGGUGUGUGGUGGCGCAGGAACCUCCCGCCCCAACUUUUGGGUUAAAAUAAAGCAAUUGAAAUACCUG